AUGUGGACCAUGGCAGCAUCAUUUUCGACGCAAUUUCGAAACAUCCAAGACAAUCUCUACCGAGAGACCAGAAACAUGUUGGAAGCGUUCGAGUCGGACAGUGAUAAAACCGAGCUGAUCUUUUUGGAGCACAUCCAGGCAUGGAUUCUAUUGGCAAUGUUUGAGUUCAUGCACAACAACCAUCAAAGAGGCUUGAUGAGUGCAGGGAGAGCAUUUCGCCUCGUCCAGAUGCUAUGUCUUUUUGAAAUUGACAGUCCAAGCUAUGCUAUGGCUCGACAGUCCUGCGCCCCCACGGACCAUGUCAAACCCGAGGAAAGUCGAAGGACGUUCUGGGUAGCCUACACCAUGGACAGGGUUGUCAGCUUCAACUAUGGAUUGCCGCUGACGUUGAAUGAAUUAGAGAUUUGCACUCGGCUUCCCACUCCCGAAGCCAAAUUCCAAAGCGGCGAGCCAGCUCUGAUGGGUUUUCUGUGUGAAUUCAUGGGUGGCAUCAACCAAGACAGUGUCCCCCCUUUUACGGAAUGCAUCAUUCUGGCCACCAUUUGCGGACGCAGUGUAUCCCACAAGCAACGAAUGACCGUUGAGCGAGUUUAUGGAGCGUCGACGCAGGACUCCCUCGACCGCCAUCAGUGGCUCAAUACCAUCCUGGCAGCAAGAAUUCCAAGUCCUGUCCCUCAGCUGUCCUUCCACGUCCGAGUCUUUCUCUAUCUCUACAAGAUCAUUGAACCCGUAGUCUUGGACAAAGAUGAAAACCAGGGUAUGAUGGCUCAAUACGAGCAGCAGUCGCUCACAGCGGCGGAGGAGACAAGUCACCUCACCAAAAAUGCUGGCGCAGCUGAACCAUUUCCAAGCUCAUCCGUUCGUCCCGGUCUGCCUUUUUGUGUGUGCAGAAUUCUUCAUGAAACACAGAAGCGUGAACCGAUCCUACGGCCUACAGCUCCAGGAAACAUUGGAAGCUCUCCGCAGAUUGGCCGGUUUCAAUAA